GUUUUGAAUGUUUUUGUAGGGAUUAAAUCGUAAUUUCAGAUUUUAGAUUAGCCUUUUCCUUUUUCCCACUUAUUUUCGUUUUCUCUUUUCGCGAAGCUUCUUUCGCCGUCGUUGUUCUUCCGCUCCGAGCAAUUCAUAGUAUGGAGCAAGCGCUGUGGGGUCAUUUGCCACUAUUGUUAAGGGCAAAUUCCAAAGACUCUAUUGAAUUCAUUCUUCAAGCCCUAUGGAGAACCAGAAAAACCGGUCUUCAAUCUUCUGACAGAUGCAUCAUCCAAGAUAUGCUCCAACUGGAAAAUGACUCUGACCUCGAUCCGCUUCUGGUUUGCCUCAGAAUGUUAAUCAGGAGAUACGUUUAUGAAAAUACCUGUAAGGAUGAUAUUCCAAAGUUGUUUCCCGGUGAAGUUCUACCUGAAUUGCAAAAACUAUUGACACUGAUGUUGCAGAAGUUUCAGCGAGAGUGGCAAGAAGACGUGUUGAAAGACCAGAGUACAAGUAUUCAGAAUAUCGUGCCUCGGUUAAAGGCAAUGACAUGGAAUAUGGCAAAUCGGGAUACAGAAUCGUCAGAUCCUGCAGCUGUUAUCAGUUUGAAGCUUCAAAAUGAUGCUCAAUUUCACUCGGGAGAGCUGGACGUGAAGUUCCAGUUGGCUACAGAUUCUCUAGAGAUGAUGCUAAAAGCCAUGCACAAUAUUAGAGACCAGUUUUCAACCAUGGAUGAGGCACCAAAAGGGAAUUAGUACGGGAAGGCAAUAGAGUUCAACAGAAAAUAUCUCACAAAGAAUGGUACACUAGAUGGACUCAGAUGACAAACAUGUGGAUAGUAGUCUCAGUAUCAUUCGGUUUAAAGCAUCAACCGCCCGGACCACCCUUGUUGCCCUUGUUGUUUACUGCGCUUUUUGGAUGAGAAAAUUCCAAUUCCCUCUUUAAGUGUAAAUGCAAAGAGAGAAAAUACAACAUGCAAAAUAUAGAAUAACUCUUUUUGUGUGUUCAGUGGCCAAAUGUUGUACAUUGUUUGGGGUGCCAUGAUAAAACCCCUGCUGACCAUUAUAAACAAUGGGAGAUUAUGUAAUUAUUGAUAACCUUACUGCUAGAUAAAAAUGACUAUUUCCACUC